CGCUCGGCGACGCUCUACCAGAGGUGACGUUAGCUAACAGCUAGCCACUUAGCUUACAACCGUGGUGUUUUUCACGCAGGGCCGACUGCGUAAUGUUCUGGCCAAGUUAGCAAGGUUAGUUCACUAUAUAGUGAAUAUGUAACCCAGCUAGACUGGCAGUGUGGUUAUGUAACUUUAAUUGAAUUAACUUGGAUUUAAAAAAAAAGGCCGCUCGUGACGUUACUUUUCAGAACUCCGCUGCAGGUAUUUGCCGUUAAACUAGCUAACGUUAGCUCGCUAGCUAACGUUGUACCGCACCUUGCUCCGCUGGCAGCGGGACACCGCAGGUCCUCAGAUGUCUUACUGGGUCCGCUGCAACUCCUGCUUCCGGUGCCCCGGGGCGGACACACACCUGGCCGUCACAACCUGCGGCCACGUCGUCUGCAACACCUGUUAUCAAAAAGGCAAACCAGGGAAGUGUUUAAUAUGCAGUUCCAAAUGCCAAGUAUCACCGCUGUCUGACAAAAGCAGUUCGGAGGUGAAGGCGCUGUUCUCCGACAUCAACUGUGUGGCCACCAAGAACACCACGGAAAUCAUCAAAGUUAUAAUGUUCCAGGCAAGACAUCAGAAGAGGCUGCUGACUCAUUACCAGCAAAGGAAUGAGAAUUUACAGGAAGUAUUAGUCAAGAUGAAGCAAGAAAUGCAGCAGAUGGCAAAGAAGCUGAAUGAACAGAGCGCCUACAUCUCCAAGCUGGAAAACUCUCUUCAGCAUCAGAGUGCCAGAGUUUCAUCAGUGCCUCAGAAGAUGCACAGUUACUUCCCGCCGCAUGGACGCAAGUCAGCGUCCGUCCUGCAGAUCCCCUACAGCUCCCCCGCGUCGCUCUCGAGACACUCCUCAGCGACUAACAUCUCUGAAAACGUGGACCUGGAUGAAAGGAGCCUGUUCAGAAAACCGAAGCCCGGCCCCAGACUGUCCCUCAUCAGUCCUCCGCAGGACGGCCGCAUGGGCACCGUCCCUCACAGGCCCUCCAGCCAGAACAUGACGGUCCACCACUCAGCUCGCUCGGCCACAGUCAGCCGUUUCCAUGGAUCUCCGAUGACAGACAUUUCCUACGGCCAAAGUUCUGGACAGAAGUCUCCCUUCAUCAAGCCCCUCUCCUCCUUCAGACACCUGUCCUCCCUGGUCAGCCCUCCUCGCAAUCCAACACACACCUGAGCUGUCAUGAAUGUGUGUGAGGAGCUAUUUACGAUGUUGUUUUAACCACUGGGUUCCCUGGUGAAAUGAGAUGGGUCCGACUUGAAUGAUGCUGAACCGGGAUUCUGUUUUGGUGAAUUGGCUCACAAUCAAUUAAAGUGAUGUCAUACUGACA